UGCAGACUGGCCCCGUACUUGUGAACGAGGUAGCAAGCGCAACGCCACAAAGCAAACGCGCACAUACGAAACGAGGGCACGCGCGCCAAAGCAGAGUGGCCACAAUCCUACGGAGCUCCGAAGGCUUCGAAAGGAAUGUGAAAACUUGUAAGGGAAUUGGGCACUUAAAAUAUACGACGAAACGAUUUCACAGAGUACAGACGGUGAUCAGCAGACAGGCAGUGUCGGGCGGUAUCGCAAUCGGUUGCCGUAGUGCGCUCGGCAUGCCACCGAAGUGAACUUGUGAGUGGUGAAUUUGACAUACGGUGCUGUGCGUGAAAAGCCAUCACCAGCUGGCGAAACCGUCCAUGGUAAGAUGACAAACACCCGGCAAGUCACAUUUUGGAAACAGCUCACAGCUUUGUUAUGGCGAAACUACUUAUUGAAGAAAACAGAAAAGGCCAAGACAUUUUGGGAGGUUAUCAUGCCCUUGCUCAUGGUGGCAUCCUUGAUGAGCAUUCGCAGCGGCCUCAAGCCCAGCUCCAAACCUGCUCACAUAGGGCCACUUGGUCACGUGCGGCUGGUCACACCGUCCCAUUUGUCCCAGGUCACAACGGAAAUCAUGGCAGCUCCCAACACCGCACAAGUCAACGGGUUCAUGCACACGGUCGUAGAAUUCCUCAACACCAACACGUACACGAGCGGUUUCAACUACUCCCUGUACAAUUCUUCUGAGGAGAUGGAAGAGGCGUACAGGCAGAAUUCUACAAGGGCUGCAGUCGGGGUGGUGUUCAAUGGUGACCUGGACGUGUCUGGCUCCUACACGCUUCGGUUUCCACUUCGUCUGGUGCCGUCACCAGAUGUGAAGACAGCUGGAAUAGACCUCUGCCGAACAAAGCACUUUAUCUAUUCUUCCGAUUCUGCGCUAUGUCCGGGAACCUCUUAUUACUCCAGCGGUUUUAGUGUUCUUCAAGCUGCAAUUGACUAUACGUACCUUCGACUAUGGACAAAGUCGGAUGUGAAGCUCCCUGAGAUAGUUUUACGUCUGCUACCGAAGCCCGUGUACAACGAUCCGGGAAAAACGUGGAGAAGUCUGGUCCCUCUGUACUUGACCUUGGCUUUCUCACCAUUUGUUUCUGUGUUAUGUGUCAACAUUGUGCUGGAAAAAGAAAGGAAAAUCAAGGAAGGCAUGCUCAUGAUGGGAAUGAUGCCCUCUGCCUAUUGGAUGGCCUGGUUCCUCAUUGAAGCAGUCGUUGUCUUAACCGUGUCCGCAAUCAUGACGCUGAUGGUGCUCGCCCUACGGAUUUUGCCAAACACGGACAUCCUGAUAGUGUUCAUACUUUCACUUCUCUACGGCUUCACUAUUGUUAUGUUCAGCUUUAUGGCAACCCCCUUCUUUAAUAAAUCCAAGGUAGCAGGCUCUGUCGUUGGACUUAUGAUGCUGCUCUUCAGCUUCUUCUAUAUGCUCUCAGUUUUCUUGCAUGGAAAAGUAUCAUCAUGGGUGUUCUACUUUCUCUCAUUGCUCUCUCCUGCAGCCUUUACACUCGGGCUUGAGAGGGUCAGUCAGAUGGACAUUAAUGGAUCAAUGAGGUUCUCCAACUUAUUCGAUGAAAGCUUUUCCGUGGGCAGCGCGAUGAUAAUGCUCUUUGUCGACAUCCUGCUUUAUGGACUUUUGGCGUACUACUUUGACACCGUUGUACCAGGAGAGUUCGGUCAAAGCCGCAGCCCCUUGUACAUCUUGAACUGGUUCAUGCCUUGGCAAAAGGACAACAAAAAGGAGACGACAACGUCCAUCGAGAUGCAGGGCAGCCCGGAUGUGGAAGACAGGCCAGCUGAGCUGCUGGGCAGGGAAGCCAUCAAAAUCCGCAAUCUGAAGAAAGUGUUCAGGUCGUGGCGCAAAGAACCCGUCACAGCCGUGGACGGCAUCACCCUCUCCAUGCACGAAGGACAGAUUGCCGCUCUGCUCGGCCACAACGGUGCAGGCAAAAGCACGCUCAUCAACAUGCUGGUUGGGACAUUACCUGCCACCGAAGGCACAGCGCACAUCUACGAGCUCAACACUGCAAACCAUGGCGACGUCAUGCGCAUACGAUCCAUGUUGGGAGUCUGUCUGCAAGAGGACAUACUUUUUGACACACUCACGGCUCGACAGCACCUCACGUUCUUCGCUCGCAUGAAGGGGAUUCCAAGGGCCGACAUUCCACGUGAGGUGGUGAAGGUAUUAGAGGAACUAGACCUCGCUGAAAAAGUAGACGUGCAGGCUGUAAAGCUGAGUGGAGGGCAGAAGAGGAAACUCUCUGUUGCCAUAGCUCUUAUUGGAGAUCCCAAGAUUGUCUUUUUGGAUGAACCAAGCAGCGGAAUGGAUCCCUACUCUCGACGUCACCUGUGGAGUGAGCUGCAGAAGCGCAAGGAAGGCAAAGUGAUAGUGCUCACUACACAUUUCAUGGACGAAGCUGACAUUCUCGCAGAUUGGAAAGCCAUUAUCUGUAAAGGAAAACUUCGCUGUGCCGGAACAUCCUUAUUCCUGAAGAAUAGAUUUGGCAUUGGCUACCACCUUACAAUGGUAGUAGACCAGGGUGCCGACAAAGCGGCCAUCACCAACCUCGUACAAGGCUUUGUCCCAAACAUCACCAUCUACCGAACAACUACGACGGAACUGGCCUUCAUCCUUCCAAUGGACAGUACCUACAGCUUUGCCAGCCUGUUUGGAGCCAUUGAAACUGCAAUUAAUGAGGACACCAUUGGUAUCAAGAGUUACGGUAUUUCCAUGACAACGCUGGAAGAGGUGUUCCUCAAGAUGGGAGAAGUGGACAGGGCAGAGGAAAUGCACCUGAAGGACAUUAAUAAACAAUACCAGAAAGAAAUCGACGAGGUUGUUCUCCUGAAGGGCACAAAGGAAGCCAUGCCGCUGGCAACUGUUGAGCCGAACGCAUUUCUGGCAUUUGUGGCUUUCUUCAAAGUGCGCAUUCUGCUGUUUGUGCGUGCACCUAUGCACGUUGUGCCGCUCAUUGUGCUGCCUGCCAUCAUGGUUUUGCUUAGCUACGCAUUCCUCAGUAAGAGUGAAGUGCCUGUCAAUUCCUACGGUGUGCUCGACCCCACCUUCUACCCAGAUGGGAAAUACAUCGAAGCCUUCCGCACACCAGGCCAGUACGAAACUGAAAUGGAGCUGUAUGAGAAUGCUAUGGCCAAGUUGAACAUGACAGUGCAGUGGAACAACGGAACCGUCAGUUUGCACACUGUACCAUCUGGAAGUUAUUACGCUGCAGUACCAGACAAUCUGGGGACAGACUUGAAGUCAUACAAGUACAUCAACCCGAUGGUGCUCCUAUACAACGACUCCUUCAUCCACACUCUACCCAUCCUGCAGUCGCUCACAUUUAACGUUCUCUACACGCACCUGGAGAAAUCGGCGGAUGUCCUCGACAAGAGGCGCCUCCAUGUCUCUUCAUUUCCGUGGCCUCAACGCGGCAUAGAGAAGGUGUUCGAUGCUCAGCUGUAUACUUGGACCAUGAUGAUGAGUGUCGUGCUCGCUUACAUGCCUUCGCUGAUCACCGUCGAGGUUGUUGAAGACAGACAGAACAAAGUGAAGAACCAGCUACGUGUGGCAGGUCUGCUCUUCUCUGGCUAUUGGGUGACUGUCAUGCUGAGUCACAUGCUGGUUUUCCUCUUGGCCAUGCUGUUCAUGGUGCUCACCCUCAUGACGACCUCCGUACCGUUUCUGACCGAACCAACCGCAAUGCUGGCUAUUGUCAUCCUGUUUAUGCUCUACGUACCCGCUUCGUUGCUCGUCUGCUACUGCCUUACCCACCUCUUCAACAAGCAUGAAACUGCGAAGGGUGUAUUGCCCUUUCUCUGUCUAUUGUGUUCCAUGUUUCCCGCUGUGCCAGUCACUAUCCUAGAUAUGAUGGGAUCAUCGUUCAGUGCAAAAGCCCUUCACAUCACCCUGUGCAUACUUGUUCCAUUCUACAUUCCAAAUGGAGGCCUAUAUUACAUCACAAAGACAUCGGUCAUAUUGGAGACCAGGCGUUCAAACGGAUUCCCAGCAGAUCCGUGGAUGUACUUUGACUGGGAAAACAACAUUGACAUCACGUAUCUUGCUUGUGUACUACACAUGGUGGUGUACUACUUCAUCCUUCGCAUGGCAGACAUUGCCAAAACAGGCGGACGGGUGGCCGACGCCUUAUGGAUAACACGCAAGAUAAUUGACAUCACCCCAAACUGCGACAUUCCAGAAAAGGAAGACCAAGAUGUAAAGAACGAACGGCAGUGCGUAGCAGAUAUGGAUAUUAGCCUCAUGCGAAAGCCCCCUGUGGUCUACAUACACGAGCUGCGAAAGGUAUACGAGGAAGGGAAUUGCUGCCGUCCUCGCACGAGCAUCAAGAUCGCCAUCCGCAAUCUUUCUCUGGCCAUCAAUACUGGAGAUAUUUUUGGCCUCCUUGGACCAAACGGUGCAGGAAAAACAUCCACAAUGAAAGUGAUAGUUGGAGAAGAGAGUCCAUCAAGUGGAAGGGUUGCAGUGGGCGGCUUUGAGAUAACGUCAAACAUCUGCCAGGCAUUCAAGAUGCUAGGCUACUGUCCACAACACAAUGCACUGUGGAACAACAUCACGGCGAAGGAACACCUUAAUUUGUUCGCUGCUCUACGAGGAAUACGGAACUCUGAAAUUGAGCCCAUUACCUCAUGGUUGAUGGAAAAGCUCAACAUUGAAGAGCAUGCCAACAAACGUGCAAAGCACCUUUCUGGUGGGACAAAGAGGAAGCUGAGCUACGCCAUCAGCAUGCUGGGACGUCCACGGAUUGUCCUCCUUGAUGAGCCAUCCACGGGCAUGGACCCACAGUCCAAGCGGUUUCUCUGGGACACCAUCUGCUCCACUUUUCCACAAGGGGGCGACCGGGGAGCUCUGCUGACCACACACUCGAUGGAAGAAGCAGACGCCCUGUGUACCAAGGUCGGCAUCAUGGUGCGGGGCUCCCUCAGAUGCUUGGGCGCAACUCAGCACCUGAAGAACAAGUUUGGAGCAGGCUACACGCUGGACAUCAAGAUGCAACGACGGGAGAACAAGUGGCAGAAGAACUUGGACAGCCUCAAGGCGUACAUCAGGAAGGUGUUUCCCAUGGCCAGACUGCGGGAAGGGUUUCAGGAUCGGCUCACGUACGACAUUCCUCAGUCGGGGGUCAACUCACUUGCCAACGUUUUUGUUGCCAUGGAUGACGCAAAAACCCGUUUUUGUAUAGAAGAAUUCAGCUUCAGCCAAACAACCCUCGAACAGGUGUUCCUCGGAUUCGCCAAAGAACAAGAACUCAGCGUGGAUGACGACGAUGCCCAAAUACAGGCCUAAGUUCUGCUUUUCACGUGCCAUUGUAAUAAAGCCUUUUUUUAUGUUAGAUAGUGCCA